AUGCUUCCAAGCAGCAUGACCAAGUUGAAGAAUGUUCAAAUACUAUCUUUAGACGGUUGGGCAGCUAGGAUUGGCAAACAAUCACAUGCCUCUUGCUCUUCCUCUUCUGUUGGAGAAUUUGUACCGAAAUAUCCAAAUUUAUUAUUGAUUUCCUUGCCAUCUUCACUAGUAACCUUGUCCCUUAGAGACAGUAAUUUAUCUAAUGAAUCCUUCCCAGCGGACUUCAGCAACAUGUCAAUGUUGAAGAUAUUAUAUUUAGACGAAAAUCCAAUUGAUUCCCUACCUGAUUGUGUCAGAAACCUUAGCAGGCUUGAAGGACUCUCUGUUAUGAAUUGUUCGAAGUUAAAGUCAGUUUUGUGUCCUCCAAAUACAGUGAAAUGUUUGAGUGCUGACCAUUGUGUGUCACUUGUUAAAAUAACAUUCUCUCAGGAAAUCACAGCACCACCAUUUGUCCAUUACUAUUAUUCAGUGUCAUUGACUGAAGUUCAAGGCAUAUUCAAAAUUCAAGCUAUAGAAAAAAUUGACGACCAAAUAUUAUGUAGCUUGGGGUGGACACAUUUACAACAUGUGAAAGAUCACAAGGUGCGGAUUUGGGAUUCUGCCAUAUGGCCUCGUGUGACGAAACUUCCAGUUCAGAUGUGCUACGAAUUUGGAAUAUUUAGCACAUGUUUUCCAGGGAAUGUGGUUCCAGAUUGGUUAGGUCAUAAAAACAAUGGUUCAUCAAUAUCAUUCACCAUGCCAUCGUCUUCAACAAAUAAAAGGAUCGAGGGAAUAAAUAUAUGCUUUGUGCAUACAUUUUCAGCUGAUGAAGAUUUAGUAUGGUUAAGCCAUUGGAUGUUUGGGAAAAAUGAGCUUGAAGAUGGCGAUGAAGUUAGUGUAACCAUUGUAGAGGAAGAGGAAGACGGUGGUAUAAUGGUAAAAGAGUGUGCAGUCAGUCCUGUGUACAAUGAUAGAGAGAAUGAAGAAGACCCUUUGAGUUAUUAUAAGUCGUGGAAACAUAUCAUUGGUAGAGAUCUGUCUACUUUUCAAUUAACGUCAGGAGAUUACUUCCUAAUCCAUGAUCGUUUUUUUAAUCGUUCCCGAGCAUUUAAGGACCUCUUUCAACAUAAAACAACCCAGAAUCUAUUUGGUUAUAUUCCGCAAUAUAAAGAUGAAAAUGUGGUUACACAUGAAAAUGAGGAUUGGUACUUGAAUGAGUGGAGACAGUCUUUUCUUCAAAGGUUGGUUAUCUGA